AUGAGUACGAUUAUUAAUCAUUUACAAACCACUAAUAAUAUAACUCUCAAAGGUACAGUGAAGCCUGAUAAUAGUAAUUUGGUACGUAUUGAAAUAUACUUAGAGAAAUCAUUGCAACUUCUAUUACAACACCUGAACACCACAUCAUCACUUUUUUUAAUACAAAGCCUAAUUUUCAUAUCUUUAAGACAUGUUCUAUACUUUACAUACCUUUUGAAUAAAUCUUUAAUUUAUAGAAAUUCUAUUCGAUCUUCCACAGGACCACUAACUAAGGAUUCUAUUAUACUACUAAUCCAAUGA